CUGUCAGCUGCCGUCGCCGGCCGCUGCUUGCUUUGCGCUUUGCUUUCAGCUCUUUUUGCUUCUUGUCUAAUAAUAAUAAAAAGAAAAAGCGUGCAAAAAGCGAAUACACGACGACGGCAACGUUUAGCGAUAAACGCGCAUUUAACGCACUCCACUCCAACCACAACCACAUCGACGUUGCUCAAGGAGCAGACCAGCACAGUUAACAGUUAGCAAGUGUCAGUUGUAAAGCUUCCACUUUAACGUAACUUUUUUUUAUUGUGUGUGCGUUCGCUCUGUGCUCAAUUACUUAAUCUCAAGUAUAAAUACACACACGAUUAGAUUUCGUGACGAAAUUCGAGUGUUAAAAAAACUAGUGACAAUCACAACAAUUCAGUAGGAACGCAAACGGGAAUAGGAUGAAAUCGAUUUUGAUAACCGGCUGCAAUCGAGGCCUCGGCUUGGGCCUCGUCAAGGCGUUUAACUCGUUGCCGGAGCCGCCGCAGCAUCUUUUUACCACCUGCCGCAAUUUAGAGCAGGCCACAGAGCUUACUGAACUGGCCAAAAAGCAUUCGAACAUACAUGUGCUUGAGAUUGACCUAAAAAACUUUGACGACUAUGACAAACUGGUGGGUCAAAUUGCUGAUGUUACCAAAGAUGCUGGUCUCAACGUGCUCUUCAACAAUGCUGGUGUUGCCACAAAGUCGGUGCGUCUUGGUGCCACCAAGCAGCAGGAUCUGCUCGAUACGCUUCAGACGAACACUGUGGCGCCCAUAAUGCUGAGCAAGGCCUGUUUGCCGCUCUUGAAGAAGGCCUCGCAGGCCAAUGAGGAGCAAAAAAUGGGCGUGGGACGGGCGGCCAUCAUCAAUAUGAGCUCAAUACUUGGUUCGAUACAGUCGAAUGUGGAGGGCGGCAUGUAUGCGUAUCGCACUUCGAAGGCUGCCCUAAAUGCGGCCACCAAAUCGAUGAGUAUCGAUCUGCGUGACCAGAAGAUACUCUGCAUUAGCCUGCAUCCGGGUUGGGUGCGCACGGACAUGGGAGGUGGCAAUGCGCCCCUUGAUGUGACCACAAGCACCGACCAAAUCGUUGAGACUAUUUGCAAGUUGAAUGAGUCUCACAACGGUGGCUUCUAUCAAUACGAUGGUGCUCAACUGCCCUGGUAAGUGCAA